AUGGAGCAAGUUAAUCAACGACCCUUGAAACUAUAUUUCCUCCCAUUCCUAGCAGCAGGUCACGUGAUCCCACUCUGCGAUAUAGCAACGCUCUUCGCCUCACGCGGACAGCACGUGACCAUCAUCACCACUCCCUCCAACGCUAAAAACAUUGUCAAAUCCAACGACAACUUCAACAUCCACACCGUCGUCUUCCCCUCCGAGCAAGUCGGCCUCCCCGUCGGCGUCGAAAGCAUGAGCUCCGUCAACAACUUGGACGACGCCGCAAGAAUCACCAAAGCCGCCAUGCUGCUCCGUCAACCAGUGGAGCAUUUCGUCAACCACAACCCACCGGACUGUAUCAUCGCCGACUUCUUUCACCCGUGGGUUUACGACCUAGCGAACACCUUGAAAAUCCCUAGACUCGUCUUCAACACCUUCAGCCUCUUAUCCACCUGCGCCAUGAACUCCUUCAAUUCUCACCCGGAGCUUCGUUCUGGUUCGGGUUCGUUUGUCUUCACGGAUCUUCCCCACGCGAUCACCAUGAGCGUGAGACCACCGGAGGAGGUCGUCGACUACAUUGAACCGUUGCUUGAAAUGGAGUUGAAGAGUAGCGGGCUCAUCGUGAACAACUUCGUGGAAAUGGAGAGUGAGUACGUGGAGCAUUACGAGAGAACCACAGGCCACAAGGCUUGGCACCUUGGUCCAGCCUCUCUGGUUCACAAGUCCAAUGUAGAGAAAGCCGAUAGGGGAUACGAUAGUGUGGUGAGCGCGCACGAGUGCCUGAGUUGGCUCAACUCUAAGAAACCUAACUCGGUUGUGUAUAUCUCUUUCGGGAGCUUAUGUCGUUUCCCCGAUAACCAGCUCCAAGAGAUCGCCGCCGGGAUCGAAGCUUCCGGCCACCAGUUUAUCUGGGUGGUGGCGGAGGAGACAAAGAUGGAGUUGCUGCCGGAGAGAGGGAUGAUACUAAGGGGGUGGGCCCCGCAGUUGGUUAUUCUCGACCACCCUGCCGUUGGGGGGUUUCUUACGCACUGCGGGUGGAACUCGGUGCUGGAGGGUGUCAGCGCCGGUGUGCCGAUGAUAACGUGGCCGGUGCACACUGAUCACUUUUACAAUGAGAAGCUGAUAACUGAGGUGCAUCGGAUUGGUGUGAGCGUGGGCGCAGAGGAGUGGGGAAUCUUGGGUUUUGGGGAGAGGAAGAAGCUUGUGACCAGAGAUAAAAUAGAGAAAGCUGUGAGGAGGUUGAUGGACGGUGGAGAUGAAGCUGAAGAGAUCAGACGGGGUGCGCGUCGCCUUGCCACCAAGGCUACACAAGCUGUUGCGGAGGGUGGGUCAUCGCACAACAAUUUAAGGGCACUAAUUCAUCAUCUUAAACAUCUUAGAGAUAUUAAGUCAAUUGAUUAA